UGCCCAGAGCCGUCCUUUCGCCAUUUCCCUUCCUUGUUGCUCCAAGACCCUAGGGCUGGGAAGAGAGACACCCGCCGGUCCUCUGCUGCCGGGAGGCGCUUCACUGGGGAAACAGGCCUGGCCCCGCCACCCUUCCUAGGCCUCGGCUUAGGGCGCAGCGCUGGUUUGGGAGGCCCUUCCGUGGACGCUAUGUCCCCAACCAGUUUCCAGUGACCGGGGCUGCAGAUGUCUUGUCCGAUAACUAUGUGAAGCAACAUUGUUUCUGGAUUUCAAGACAUCCUUUCAUCAUGGGACAGCAAUUUUCAGAUCAGACACAGUUGGUUCUUAACAAGUUACCAGAAAAAGUAGCAAAACAUGUCAUAUUGGUUCGAGAAAGUGGCUCCUUAACUUAUGAAGAAUUUCUUGGGAGAGUAGCAGAACUUAAUGAUAUAACUGCUAAAGUGGCUUCUGGCCAGGAAAAACAUCUUCUCUUUGAGGUACAACCUGGGUCUGAUUCCUCUGCCUUUUGGAAAGUCGUUGUACGUGUGGUCUGUACCAAGAUCAACAAAAGCACUGGCAUUGUAGAAGCAUCACGGAUCAUGAAUUUGUACCAGUUUAUUCAGCUUUAUAAAGACAUCACAAGUCAAGCAUCAGGAGUAUUGGCCCAGAGCUCCACUUCUGAAGACCAAGAUGAAAACUCAUCAUCUGUAACAUCUUGUCAGGCUAGUCUUUGGAUGGGAAGGGUGAAGCAGCUGACUGAUGAGGAGGAGUGUUGUAUCUGCAUGGAUGGUCGAGCUGACCUCAUCCUGCCCUGUGCUCACAGCUUUUGUCAGAAAUGCAUUGAUAAAUGGAGUGAUCGACACAGGAAUUGCCCCAUUUGUCGCCUGCAGAUGACUGGAGCAAAUGAAUCUUGGGUGGUGUCAGAUGCGCCCACUGAAGACGAUAUGGCUAACUAUAUUCUUAACAUGGCCGAUGAGGCAGGCCAGCCCCAUAGGCCAUGACCUUGGGGUGAAGGUCUUCUUUUGCUAUUAUGAGCUACAAACGUUUCGGUCAUGGGAGAAGAAUGCAGGGAUAUUGUGGUACAGACACAGAGAAAUCAAUUUUCCCUUCCCUCUUAUUUUCGCUAUUCUGACGAUUUGUUCCAUUUCUUUUGAUAAACUUUCCAUGUCUUCCAUUUAUAGUAAACUAAAAUUUGCUACUGUUUUAGACCAUAUUUUUCUAUUAUUUAUCUGUUCUAAUAUAUAUUAGAACUAAUAGCUCUUGAAUUCUUUGCUGAGGUAACAGCAGCAUUUCCAGAGACUUCUGAAACACUAUUUUUCAGGGCAGGAGUAUUCUGGAAUCUAUUUAGUUAGGUUUAAAAUAAACCUUGAAUGUCAAAAAGUUGUAGCCAACUGAGAGAAAAUUUGAAGUGACUGAAAAUGUAGACUACAUCAAAGUGCAUGUUACUACUUAAAUUAGUCUUUCUGCUGGAAUCUAAGGAGUGUGUGUGCCCCCUUGUGGUUAAUUAUUGCUCCUUUAAUAAUUUUUACUUGAAAUGAUCCACAGUUGUUUCAUAACUUUAGCAGUGUGUUUGGAACUACAUGUUUGUUACUCAAAUCUUUUUUGUUUGUUUGUUUUUCAUGCUGUAUAAUUUGGGUGAGGCGUGAUUUUGCCUUGUAAAUGGAUUUCUGCUGGGGAAUCUUCUUGGCUAUUCUGGAAAUGCUUUCCCACAGCGGGGAAACUGUUCUAAGUAGCUUUUGAUAAUGCUCAUGCACCUUGGAGUUUCAGAAGGAAAUUUUUCUUCAGUUCAGAUCCUGAAUUUUGUAUUUCCAAAUUAUGAUAAAUCAUUCAAUAUUGGUUCAUGGUGCUUUUAUUUUCUUAACUUGAAGGCAUCUUUCUGAGGUCUGCAAGUCUUCAAAUUUCUAAUAUUAUUAAGAGAGAAAAUAGGGUGUAGGCUUUUAAACAUAUGUACCAUAAACAUGGAGAAAAUGAGGAGAUAAAUUGGCUUUCUGCUGUUUCAUGGUACUUUGAAAUACUCAGAGAGAGUACAGUCAUAAUGGAUUAUGAUUUUCAGUGACACUUCAUUUUUUUUACUAAAUUCUGCUUAUAAGGUAAAAUCUUUGUUUUAUGUUAAGCAUUAACAUUUUAGCAUAUAAUGAAACUAGAACCUGAUGUCUCCUUUAAAAGGUGUGUUAAAUUCCAUGUAACUUUUCUGACUUAUUAUUGGUAAGUUGUGAUACUAUUUUCCAAAAUACCAAAAUAUGCAAUUUAAGUUGCUGCUUAUUGAUGGCAGAAUUUUUGGAUACUAGGGGUUUAAUAGGCAUGCAGAUUAAAUAAUUCAUUUAUUUAAUGUCAGAAUGUCUGACAAAGGUAGCUUGAUUUUACCCAAAAAAUAUUGAUAAUUGGUUGACAUUUAUGAUGGGGACAGCUCAGUAUCAAAUAGCUGAACACUCACUAUGGAUGUGUAUACAGGCAGCGUACCAGGGACUCUAGCAUACCAACCUGGCAAUGCACUUGAUAAUUUGUGUGACCUUAAAAAAAGUCCCUUCUGCUGGUUUGUAGGUUCCUUUAGAAACUAAGAUUUCAUCUGUAGUAUUUUCUUAUUUUAUUUCAGAAGUACAGCCUCUUUUUUUUUUUCAGAUAAAAUCUUACUCAGAAGCCCUACACACACAUGCUAUACCCCCAACACACACACACACACACACACACACACACACACCACCCCUCUAUAUGAAAGUCAUAUUUUAUUGAUAAAAAUUUCCUUAUGUAAACUUUAUAUACCAUAAUAAAUAUUAUAAAGUCAACCGAUAAAAACAUUUAUGAAUGCAUUGGCAAUAUCCAGGAUAUUCAAAUUUAGUGAGUUAUGUAGUCAUAUGAUAGGAGUUGUUUUUUAAAUUAUUUUUUUAAUUGUUUUAAUUAAAUUCAAGUCAGAUUUGCAGAACUUUGACUCUCCUCAAUGAAGUCUUAGUAUUCCAUGGGACAUAUUUUGAAAAUCUUAGGGUAGAUGUUGUCUGAGAUCUUUUCCCAGCUCUAAGAUUCUAAACUGUCCUUUUGGAUUAGACUUGCUGAGUCUAACUCAGAUUGCCUAAUUAAAGAAUGUUUCUGAAAAUGAACAAAGUUGCUGUAUGUGUUUUUGGAUCUUUCCAGGUAUAGCCAAUGAUCUUAUCCCCCAGAAUCCUUCACCUUUCUAGGAAUUAUUUAGCACUAAGCCCAGUGACUUGAUGUUGCCCAAACCUUUUUACUUUCCAAUAUGAGUUCCAGGAUACUAACUGAUCUACUGUGAAAUAGAAAGUGUUUUUAUUAGUCUUAUUAAAUAAAUGAGCACAGUUUUUUGCUCACUCCAUUAAACUGGGUGAUAAUUCUUUAGAUGUGAAUGUUAGGUAGGUUCUACUAUUAUAACUAAUCAUAAAAGUUGUAAAUUUGUUUAAUGGAUGAAAUGUACACUUUUUGUAUUCUGUACAGCUUUGUCUUUUCCAAAUAUGAAAUAUUUAAAUGCACUUACUAAGAUAGGAAAUAUGAUGUGUGCCUUGUAGGAUCUGUGAAAUGUUUUCAUGAACUGUAAGGAAUUUGUUUUGUAAGUUAUGAAGUCUUCCCUAUCCUAACUCAGUAACAAGAAGUUUACUCAUACUGUAAUGCUAUAGAACUUUAGUUUGAGAAAAUUUAGUUUGACUAGGUACUGAAUUUAGAAGUUGAGAAUAAUAGUAUCUGCUUUAUUCUUAGAACAAACUGAUAUAUUGUGCAAUAAAUAGUCUUUAGCAAGUAAAUUUUAGCUUACUGGAGAGACUUUUUUCUUACAUAGUUUCACAUUCUUAUAUACUAAAUGUUUAUAUUUCUUAGAGGACCGUUUUGUAUUGUGGUCUGGGGAGUUGUAAUGUUUGUGUGCUAUGUUUUAAAAUUCAUUUCAAAUUGGAUUCAAUUUCCUUACACCUAAUAUAUAUCUGGGUUAUAAGGCGGCUUGAAAAUAUCUUUUGGUUCCAUGAUUUUUAACAUUGGAAAGUUGGAUUCAUUAAAAGGCAGUCUGAAGAA